CCUCCUGCGCCGCGGAGCAGAAGGCAUCAUGGCGGUGGCUCAACCGAAGCUAGAGAAAGAAGGCGAAGACUGCUCUUUGCUGCCUUUAGUCCACGACAUUAUAAAAUGCAUGGACAAGGACAGCCAGGAUGUCCACCAAGAACUGGCCAAGCUGAAGUCGAGGAUCCAGGAGGCUCGGGAGCAGAUCUCCAACAUGCCCGGGAUAGACAGCAGUCCACAGGAGCAGCAGCAGCAGCUGGCCACUCUGAGGGAGCAGGUCCGCACUAAGAACCAGCUUCUGCAGAAAUACAAAAGUCUGUGCAUGUUUGAGGUCCCCAAAGCAUCAUGAAACUGGUGGAUUUAUUACUGCUGUGAUGGAGGACGCUCAAUCCUUCCUUAAUCAGGAGGGAUGAUUUGUUUUAAAGCUGACUUAUGGAGACGAUUCAAGAGUAUGGGGGACAUGUAAAUAUGCACAAGGACUUAUUUUCCCUCUGUUGCACUGCAUUGCAAGACAGUGUUACCUUUGAGAUGUGAUAUUUUGUUUGCAAGAAUGGACAUUUGUUCUUGUAGCAUUUGUUUAACAGAUGUUUUCAAAAAUGUGUUCUUUUGAUGCAUUUUAAGAUCUGAUUUAUAAUAAAAUGAUGUCAUUUAGAA